GGCUUUACUGGACUCUACCGGGCUAUGCCGGGCUCUACCGGGCUGUAAUUAGUCGCACCCGAAAUCUCCGACAACAACAUGGCGGGGAAAAGACCCAGUGAUUUAAGUGGAGAAAACCUAUCAUUUUGCUCACAUCCAAAGCAAGUGCAAUGCAGAGUCGAUCGUUGUACUUCACCUGCUGGACAUAUUCACGAAACUUUCAAUUCCGAACGAGCCUACGUAUGUCUUGGAGGACUGACACCUUUGCUUGAUCAGAAAUUUAAACGUACGUUUAUGAAAAUAAACCCAGUGAAGGUGCUCAAUAACAAUGCUUCUGAUGGUGCUUCGUUUUCAGAUGCAUACUGUAGUGUAGAUUUCUACCCUGAAGCAUAUCCAGUCGCUCUCAUUUUUCAGAAGGGUCUGCAAAUUCUGCUUGACUACUUUAUAAACAAUGAAAGACCUGAAGAUGUUGUACAAGCGCACUCUUUAGAAGUUUUACUUCAUUUUCUCGACAGUGCUUACUUCACAGAGGAAGAUUCUUCAAUGGAAGGCAUGAAUGAGAAAUCGGAAACAGACAUCACUAUAUUCUUGGCUAAUCAUUUUUUCGGAAAGUUGUCUCUUACUUCAAAGUAUGUCAUUGAUGGGCAAUCAAAAGGAAAGCGUAAAGGAAAUGCCUGUUCCUGUUCCCAAGACGGCUGCAAAAUGACUGGGGUGUUUGGAGAUACAAGUAUUGGUAAUGCAGAAGUUUGGCAUGGAAAAGUUGAUGUUCUACUGAACCACACGGAUAUUGCUCUAAAGAUAGCCAGUGAAGAACAUGCCGGUGAUAAAAGGCGCACGUCAAGUAUCCGUCUAAAAGACGAGAUUUUUGCGGAGACCAUAGUGUUUUCCUUUCUUCAGAAGCAGUUUCAUCCUUACAGGGGACACCAUUUGUAUCCCUGUAUAGCUGUGAACAAUAGUGACCAGGUUGUGUACUUUUAUGACUCGCAUCAAGACGUAUUACUGGAGAGCUCGCCAGUCCCAUUGUUUGAUCGGGAAACGGGAAAGUUUCAGUUUGCGACUAUCAUUUUGGCAUGGCUGGUGGUAAACCAUAAAUGUCUAUGUGAUGGUCUUCCAUCUGACCUGGCAUGUAAAAAAUCAGGAUUUUUUGAGUGCAAGAAAAUAGAUGUUUUUCGAGAAGAUCUGCAUUUGGGCCAAGUAGUAUUCCCAGCAAAGUCACCGAGUGAAUGUAAUGGUGUAAAACAAUUGUGCAAAGAAGUUGACGAUCUUAACAAAAGAAGGUUACGUGCUAUGGCGAAUAAAAGCUUUGAAUAAAAGGGACAAUUUAUAUUACUUCAUACAAGAACCAGAGUUACAUUAGGAGCACACAUUUUGCAGUCUUUGGUGUAACGAAGGAUCUUAACCCUUUCACCCACCCCUAUGUAACUCUAGUAGACUCUACCAUGCAUUGAUAUGGAUGAGUUCAUUAGGGUCAACAGUGGUGAAAGGGUUAAGUUUGAGUUCUUCUUACAGUGGUCUCACGGGAUAUCUGGUGCUCUGGCAGCUCAAGGGCCGGUAUUCAUAAAACUGUUCUCAUGCUCAAGCAUAUAUUCUGUGCUCAAAUCAGCCUUCUUGUAACUCACU